CCUCCAAAUUCUUCCAGGGUUAGUUGGUUGAAAUUAAAAUUGCUCUCAAGGCAACAGACAUGUCCGGAUUUUGUGGCUCCAACGAUUCUGUGGAAUCGCCGCCGGUAGAGAAAGAUUCCGGCGAUUCUAUAAGAAUUCCUCCGGGUUAUCGAUUUAAUCCCACAGAGGAAGAGCUCAUAACUCACUACUUAUGGAGAAAGAUUGCGAAUCCUAGCUUCUUCACAACCGCCGUAGAAGAGGCGGAUUUGAACAGGUUGGAACCCUGGGAUUUCCCCGGUGUUUGUGUGGGUGAGGGAGAAUGGUUUUUCUUCAGCCGGAGGGAUAUGAAGUACGCCACGGCCACGGGGCAGAGAAUACACAGAGCUACUGAUUCAGGAUACUGGAAAAUCACCGGAAACGACAGAAAGAUUUUCAAGGGGAAAACCCUUGUUGGGAUGAAGAAAACUCUGGGUUUUUACAGAGGGAGAGCACCCAGCGGUGAAAGGACAGACUGGGUAAUGCAUGAAUACAGAUUGGAGGGCCACAACUCCUUACACAAUCUUCCUCAAAACGCUAAGAAUGAAUGGGUGAUCUGUAAAGUCUUUCUGAAAAGCUCCCUGGAAAAGAAAACAUAUAUUCCCCCCGGCAUCCAAGAGUUAAAACUUGCAGGGAUGCAGACAUUGUUCCUAAGCCUAAUAUUUCUGGCAGUACAAACUCUUGCCUGGGCUUCAAAUGAUUCUUCUUCAAGUGACGGUGAAGUUGGGAACCAUAAUGUAAACUGCUGCAGAAGUUCAACUCUUAAAAGGAAGGACAACAAUAAUGAAUAUGUUGGAGGAGUGAGGCAGCUGCAGCCAAAACUACAGAAAUCCAAGUCUAAUGCAGAGAAUCCAGCUACUGCUGCUGCAGCAUCAAGUUCUAUGAGCUCUCAUAAUAAUACAACAAUGGAAGACAAUAGUAGAGUGAGUGUUAAAGUGGGAUACAACAACGAUACUGUGAUGUUCCUGCUUCCUUUUGCAACUAUGGAUAGUUUGAAGGCAGAAAUCCUAAAGAGAUUCAAUAAGUUGGAAUCUGCAAAUUUUAAGAUCAGUUAUAAAGAUGAAGAUGAAGAAAUGGUGACAAUAGGUUGUGACGAGGAUUUGCAUUAUUGUUUGGAAUUUUUCAAGUCCACAGGAACAACACCAGUCAGGUUGUCACUUUUGAAGGAAUCCAUUGCCCCCUCACUUGGACAUUUUUAAAUCAAAGCUACUAUGACUAUAAGAAUGUGACUGAUGCAUAUAUAGCUUGUGCUAUUGUAUGUGUUUUGUGUUGUAUUUUACUAUUUUUUAUAAGUGAAUGUAAUGUUUGAGUAUUUGAUGUCUAGUUUGUAGAAUGAGUCAGCAUUUUCAUAAAUAGGCUUAUUCUUUUGUUUGGUAAUGGUUUUUAGUUUUAGAAACAUAUAAGAAAAUGAUUUAUUUCCCAUGCAA